AUGUCGUUUACCUCGAUUCCCAUCCUGGAUCUGGCCGAGGCCAAGGACCCGGCGACCAAGCCGGAAUUCCUAAAGCAGCUCCGCCACGCGCUGAUGGAGGUGGGAUUCCUAUAUCUCAAAAAUGUUGGCAUCCCGGACAGCCUCUUUGCAGAGGUGAUUGACAAGGGCAAGGCCUUUUUUGACCUGCCCGAGGAGGAAAAGCUCAAGAUUGAAAUGAAGAAUGCGCCGUCAUUUCUGGGCUACUCGCGGCUGUCGGCCGAAAUCACCGCCGGCGCGGUCGACCACCGGGAGCAGAUUGACCUGUCGACGGAGCACCCGGUGCCCGGUCCUGAGCAGCCCCGGCACCACCACCUGCUCGCGCCGAACCAGUGGCCGUCCGAGGCGGCGCUGCCCGGCUUCCGGGCCAUCUACACCGACUACAUGACGCGGAUGGGGGCCAUCUCCAUCGCCUUCACGUCGCUCAUCGCCGAGGCCAUUGAGCUGCCUGCCGACGCGUUCGACAAGUACUUUGACGCGGACCAGCAGCACAAGCUCAAGAUUGUCAAGUACCCCGACGGCGGCGGCGGGCAGGGCGUGGGCCCGCACAAGGACAGCAUGCUGACGAGCUACCUGCUGCAGGCGACGGCGCACCGCGGGCUGCAGGUGCAAAACGUGCGCGGCGCGUGGAUCGACUGCGCGCCCGUCGCGGGCACGCUCGUUGUGGCCAUCGGCCAGGGCCUCGAGGCGCUGACGCGCGGCGUGUGCGUGUCGACGACGCACCGCGGCGUCAAGCUCGACGCCGCCUUUGACGACCUCGAGACGGUCGGCGUCGGCGAGGUGCCGGCCGCGGUCCGCGAGCAGCGCCGGCAGGUGGCGGCGCGCAACGGCGGGCGCAGGGUGGACGAUGUCGAGUUUACGUUUCGCGCCGGCGGCGUGGCCAAGACGCUCGGCGAGGCGACGCUGCGGAACCGUGUCAAGAGUCAUCCGGAUGUGGGGGAGCGCUGGUAUCCGGAUAUUCUGCGCCAGAUUCGCGCCGAGCAGGCGGAGCAGGCGGCGCAGCAGCAGCAGCAGCAGCAGGUGGAAGGGGAGACGCAGGAGCAGCAGAGCGAGGACAAGACGCCACAAGAGAGCCUCGGGCGUGUGUCGUCGCUCCCGGUUGCCAAGGUGGAGGCUCAUUAG